AUUGUCCAUACGGCUUCUUGAGCAUUCUGUUGAUCGGUAUGCCAAAGUUCCUUGAAAUCCACGGAUUCUGAACUAAAUACAUAUACUAUGUCCAUAUGAGGAGUCUCAGCUUCCCUUCUAUAAAAUCCCAUGGUACUAACUAGACUCCUCCAUCAUCACCCAUAGAUUGAAAUUGCUUAAACUUCAAGCAAACUAGUGAGGAAAAUCUCUACCCUACCAAGCUUGAAACGAUGUCUAAAUCAUCUAUUUUCCCAGCCAUCCUGCUUUCCCUACUUUUGGUUUCAAUCAUCAGCUCAGAUGCUGGUAAAAUCGCCGUCUACUAGGGCCAGAAUGGAAACGAGGGCACGUUGGCUGAAACUUGUGCCUCGGGAAACGAUGACUUCGUCAAUAUAGCCUUCCUUCCGACCUUUGGCAGCGGGCGGAUGCCAGUGCUCAACCUUGCCGGACACUGUGACCCUGCCAGCAACGGGUGCAUGGGUCUCGGCUCUGAUAUUAAAUCCUGUCAGGCCAGGGGAGUCAAGUUGAUGCUCUCGAUUGGAGGAGGUUGGGGAGGAAAUUACUCCAUUGCAUCUAAAAAUGAUGCUAGCCAAGUCGGGAUGUACCUCUGGAAUAAUUUUUUGGGGGGCAGGUCGUCCUCUCGCCCCUUGGGGGAUGCCGUUCUCGAUGGGAUCGACUUUGAUAUCGAGGGAGGCACGGGUCGGCACUGGGAUGAUCUUGCAAGGUUCCUGUCUGGCUACAACAACAGCGGAAAGAGAGUCUACUUAACAGCGGCUCCUCAGUGUCCUUUCCCCGAUGCUUUGGUUGGACGUGCACUCCAGACUGGACUAUUUGAUUACGUAUGGGUCCAGUUCUACAACAACCCUCCGUGCCAAUACAGUUCCGACAAUGUGUCUGAUUUCGAAGAGGCUUGGAAACAAUGGAACUCCAUUCCGGCCACCAAGAUUUUCCUGGGAUUGCCUGCGGCUCCUGAUGCAACCGGAAGCGGCUACAUUCCUCCUGGGGACCUGAUCUCGCAAGUUCUCCCGACCAUCAAAGGCUCUAGCAAGUAUGGAGGCGUGAUGUUGUGGUCUAAAUACUACGAUGACAAAACUGGAUACAGUUCGUCCAUCAAGAAGUACGUUUAGUAUACGAAAUUCUAUCUCACAAUAUAGUACCUUGAUGACAGUACCAUACUUAUAUGCCUUUACGCUGCAUGUUUUCUCCUUGGCGUUCCUUUACAUCUACUUGUAUAUAUGUGAAUCAUGUAUCCAUCUACAUCUACUUGUAAGUGAAUUAUAUGUUACACCUAUACGUUAA